AUGGCGGACAGCGAUACACCGAUUUUGCCAUUGCCGCCAGAAGUGGCAAAGAAGGUUCAAUCGUCCGUGAAGAUUACGAACCUUAACGGGGUGGUCGUGGAGCUGAUCAAAAAUGCAUUGGAUGCGGCCGCCGGGUCAGUCAGUAUCGUCGUCGACUACAGGAGAGGUGGCUGUAUUGCAGAAGAUGAUGGAUACGGUAUACCGGCGGCAGAGUUCAAGGAUGGAAGCGGGCUUUGUCGAGCUCACUUUCACGGCACCGCGGUCAUUCUGAAACUAAUUCAGUCAUCUUUCACGACUCUAAAGUCAUCUCUCGCCUCGUUCCUGCUCCAACCCAUCAGGAACUACGAGGACAUGGUACCCGAGUAA